UUAAGAAGUGGGCCUUGGACUCUGAACCGGAAUUGCUAAUUUUGCCCACGGUGAUUUCCCUUUAAUCGACCGCUUGGCUUGUGUUACUAUCACUGUUCGUGUAAAGCUCUUUACCAUGACAGCAAAUAAUACGUUUAUUCCUGUAUUCUUGGCAAGCUGGCUGCAAUUGAUUGCACCUGACAAUUGUUUUGAAGAGUUUUUCGUGAAUUUUAAUUUUUUUCAUAGUGAGUAUAGCCUAAAGAUUGUUAAGUCACUAGGCUAACUCAUACAUAAUAGACAAUAGACAAGGCCCUAGUCCUAGGCCUAGUAGGACUGGGGACUAGUAGUUAGCGCCUUCGCCUUAGUUCAGUCUACAUAUUAAUAUUAUUACUUACACCUUGCCUGCACACCAUACGGCCCGUGGACCGCAUGCGGCCUCCCAGCACCCACUUUGAAGCCCGCGAAUUAAGGAAAUAUUCCUAUAUUAUUUUAAUAGUAUUAAUAGUUAAUAGCUGGUAUUCCCCCUUGGCCCCUGUCCUAUUUUCUUUCCGCUGGCACACGUUUUUCAUAAAGUAUUACGGCCCACACAAGUUUUUCAUAAUAAAAUAUUACGGCCCGCCUUACAUUUUUGACAAAAAUUUUGAAUUGUGCAGGCCUUACUUACAAGAGUGUUUUACUGUACACCAUACAUUAAAUAUCAACCUGGAAUUUGUGCAGCUUUUAUAUGAUCACUGAAGUGUAUGGCACGGCUGUGUAUGCUUUUUCACUGGAUUUAGAAAACAAAUAUUUUUAUAUACAACCAUUGAAAACUGGCGGUGUAAUAAAUUCAAUGUUGGACAUCAGAAAGCUAGCCCUGAAAUCUUAUUAACCAUCUAACUUUAGAAACUGAGCAGCUCGGUUUCAUUUUUAUAAUUUGUCGGUUACUGUAAUAUUAAGACCAUGUAAUUCGGUAGUAACUACUUUGAGUAGUAAACCAUAAUUAAAAAUCCGUUAGUGUUAUUGUGUCAAAGUUAAAGCAGUUGUGAUCUUCUUCGUUGUAUAUGAUAUUACAUUGUUUAGAGCCAAAAUCUGUGAGAAUAUUUUAGGCUCUUCUAUCUUAUAUGCUUUUGUAUUUAUUAUUGAACUCCAGUUGGAAACUUCCUUUAACACACAUAUUCUGUUGAGAGUUUGAGGUUACUUUCUUAAAACCCUGGCUAGUACAUUGGCAAUCAGUUCCAUCUUCUGAGCUGUGCCAUAUAACAUUGUCUUCACAUAGGGUCUCCCACUGCCCUGGCCUCCCCUGAAACAUCUGAUGAGGGACAUUCGGUCAACAGAUGCGCUAGUGUCUCUGGAACCAGGCUGCAAUGCCGGCAGGUCGGAUACCUGUUGUUGAAGUAUGUGUUUAAGUGGGCAAUGCUCUGAUACCUAUUGUUGAAGUAUGUGUUUAAGGGGGCAAUGCUCGGUACGCAUUUGGGUUACUAGACUCUGCUGUCUGCGACCCAGCUUCCACCAAGGGUCUUGUCUGUUAGGAGACGACAUGUUAGCGUAUACACCUCUAGCCUUUAUACUGUUUACUCACUGUCUGUUCUAUUUUUGACGAAAAUGGUCUGCCAACCAGUUUUUGAUAGGAAGGUAUGAGACUGGUACAUCUGGCUGAGACUGGGCAGCCCUGGUUUUUUGCUAGAGUGUCUGCUUUUCCAUUGCCACUUAAGUUAGCGUGAGCUAUAUUCCACUGCACUGUUACAGUUUCUCCGAUGUCAACAAUCUUGCCCAGGUCAUUUAGUAUGGCGCCAACUAUGCCAGUGGUACCCGCCUCCUUACUCAAGAUCUCAAGAGCAGAUCUUGAGUCGGAGUAAAUGAUGAUGUUGAGUACCACAAGCUCUCACCUCUGCAGAGUGUGGUACACACUUUCCAGGGCCCUGUGGAUAGCCUCCAGAUCCGCAUCACAAUUCGAUGCUGUAGUCCCAUAGGGCCCUGAAAGUUCCUCAUUAGGAGGCCCUCCAUUUGGGUAGAGGAUGAGCCCACCAUAACCCACAUUUCUUUCUCUUAUAUUGGUGGACCCGUCAGUGAAAAAUUUCAGAGGUUCUCACAAGCCCUUCCCCGGUCUCCAAGGCAAUCAUUUUCUGGACAUGUGCAGAGCUGCGCUUGAUCACUGUUGUGUCGGUCGAAGCCAAAUGUAUAGUGGGAUGAGUAGGUUCUGCAUACAGCAGAUUGGCCGGGAUGCGGGUCAGACUUUCUCUAUUUCGGGGUAGGUUGACUGUCUCUCAAGUUCUGCAACUUGAAGCAUAAAGGACGAGCCAUUCAGCCGCCUACCUGGUUCCCAGUUAUUUUGCAUUUGAAAUGAUGGCUUCUUCAUAUUUAACCGCCUGUACCUUUCUACAGAGUUAAUAUAGCUGUGAAAAAUUUAUAGUGAAAAAUGAGGUUAAAUGUUGACGGUAAGCUGAACUCAGUAACUUUGUCAAGACUGACAUGACAAAAUGUUACUUGGUUAAUUUAAAUACAGGAAUCUGUAUUAACGCAAGCUUAAUUAACUGAAGAAUUAUGUCUAAUUACAUAUAAAUUGCUGUCAAAUUCAUCAUCUGAGUAAAUUUUUUAAGAAUGCUCCUAAGCAGUGUAAAACUACGAUACUCAAAAUUUAUGAAAAUCAGACUUGAAACAAGCGAUCUACCCUUUGAUUAGUGAUGCAAACAUGCUAAAAAUGUGUGCUCAGCGAAGGAGAGAUAAUUCAUUUUUAUUCAUGUGUUUAAAACAUAGAUAAAAAUGAAGAAAAAGUUAUAUAUUAUCCUUCUUUUGAGUUUUCCUUUUUUUUUCUGUACCGGUACAAUUUUUAAUGCUUUUGUAAGUUUUUUGUGACUUUUUGAGGUUUUUGAACCCACAGGUUGGCAUUUAUGCUGGACACGGUACUUUUGGUGUUGGAAAACCCAACUUCAGGGAAAACAUUAAUGGUGAACACUUAUAUUUUUGAACUACUUUCUAUUUCUUGUUGUUUCUUCAUUUUUCCUGUCUGAUGAGAAAGGCUCUUGGCCGAAACUUUCUUCUUUUGUUGUCCUGUCUUUCUAUUUCAAGCUUCCACAAACCUUGUUCUACUAUUUCCAUCACACAGUUUGAACACAGUCCUUCAUUUAUUUCUGAUAGUACUGUUAGUCUAAGUCAGGAGCACUCAAACUUCUCCAGAUUUUUUGUUUUGGAUGUGCCCAGAGGGUCAACCCCCUACCAAGGGCAAUCCCACAUUUGCUUUAUGCUUACAGAAAUGACUAUUAACAUUUUUUAAAUCAUGGUAAUUUUCUUGUUAAAGUUAUGCUGAUAAAUUAAAAAACAUUGAAUUAACUUUAUUUUAAAACUGAAAUUCAAAACUGUUUUAUUUCAAAAGAAAAUAAGUAGUCUAAUUUUUUUUCCUUGUGUGCUGAAAACUGUCAGUCUGAGUAAAGAAAUUGUGUUUCACAAAUAAAAGUCUGUUAGUGUUAUUAUAUUGAGUAUGAAAACAACUUUGUUUGAUGAUUAUCAUUGAUCAAAAUGUCUCAUAUUUUUAAUUAGUCAAGACUCUAACUGCUCCUCUCCUGAUUGUUGGAUGCUUUCAUUCUGCACCCACAUCACAUCAGGAGACUGCUACAUCCUUGUCACAAAGCUUCAAUUUCAGAUGUUUCAUCUUCCUGGAUAUCAGCUGUAUCACAUUUCGAGCUGAAGAGCAGCUUGACUGGUUGUGGUAAAUGUGGUUGUGACUGGCAGCUGCCCAAUCGACAUUAGGAGGGGCAAUAAGUGGAUCUUUAACAAAAAGGAUAUUCCUGUCGGUACUUUAAAAUCUUUAAAAAUUGGCUUAAAAACCCAUCUUAAAAUUUGUCUAUGCAUGCAAUCAUCAAUGGUCUAACCUGAUCAAGGUGUUCUUUUGUCACAAAAUGUACAGACUCUAUGAAAAUGCAAAAGCUGACUUGAUUCCAAAUCACUGGCAAAUGUUCAUUCUGAAUGGAAUGACAGUUGGUUGAACCUCCAUGAAAGUCAUAAAGGUGAUUAAGAUAGCCAGUAAUAUCUAUCCAGAAAGCAACUGUGGCCACCUUGUCCAUAUUUGUGCAAAACUCCACUAACCACCAGAGCAUUCUUUGACUUUUCUAUUUUGAAAAAACUCUUUCACAUUUUCCAAAAACCUUUGCUUAACCGACUUACAUCAGUUUACAUAGCAAAUGUUCUGCACAUGAAUAAAAUAUAUUAAAAAAAUUUUUUUAACUGUUGAUGCUGCAAUGAUGAACUGAUUCUUAUCAAAUUUAUAAGUUUCAUGACUGUUGCCAUAACUUAAGUACAGUAACUGCACAAAUUUGAAAAUAUAAAUGAUUGAUGAAUGAUGCAGUGAUACAAUUUUAAUUUCAUUGGAACUGCCUUAAGACAACUAGGAAGUCCUCUUUUACGGGGAUUGGUAGGGGUUUUAAAUAUUUAUGAAUGGCCAGUGGACCAGACUUUGAGUAUCACAGGCUAAGUUAUAAUUCUAAGGUUUGUGUUAAAAAUUAUAGUGUGUAUUGACAGGCCUACUUGUACAGUUUAGGCUUUUUAAGUAGUAGGCUUAUUAGACUGCUAGUAUUAGCCUAGGCUGAGCAAGAUGGGCCCUAAUCAUGGUACAUAAUAUGCAAUGGACAGAGAUGGGUACUCUAUUAGCUGAGUUAAGUCUAAAACACAUAAGGCCCAUUUGGGAUGAACAAGGAUUGACUGGAGUUUAAUUUAAAAAGUUGGGCUUAUACUACCGGUACUUAUAGUUUACAGCAGAGUUCUGCAUUCAGUGUGUGCUGUGAGCUAGAAAAUUGAUAUUUUGUGCUUUGUAAAUCAUUUAAUUAGCUCUAUUCAUUUUUAUUGCAUUAAUAUUAUUAUAAAUUUUUGUUGUUGAAAAUUUCACCAAUCUGCUUAUGUCUCUCAAAUAUUACUCAAUUAUUAUUUUUAUUAUUUAUCAUCUCUCUUUACAGUGCCUUGUGCAAAAAUCCUUAUUAGUAAAUGCCUUGGAUAUGGCAUUAUUUGUGGUUCAUGUAUAGGUAAGUAUUUCAAGCAAUGUUUUAAAAAAUCAAUCAGAUUCAACAAUCGUCUAAAUAAUGUAGAUAAAUAAGUUAUUUUAAGUCUAGAAACAUUUACAUUCUCCUCCAUCUGCAUUUAUUUAUUAUUUUUUUUAUUGCAAAUACUUUCAUUGAUUUUUUACCCACAGCAUCAAACCCAUUAGUAUUAGCUUAUAAAAUUACAGUAGCUUGGAGUUUUUAAAACUGAUACCCCUUUCUUCAUAAUUAAAUACCCCCCUAAAGUAUUAAUUUCGUUAAAAAGAAACUAACUAUUUUUAAAAUAUUUUUUAGUCAAAGUCCCACAGAUUUUAAAGAUUUUCAAGGCGAAAAGUGGAGAUGGUAUAAGUUUAACUAGUGUAACCCUUGAACUUGUUGCUAUUUCUGCUUCUUGGGCAUACGGGAGAGGAAAGAAUUUUCCCUUUUCGUAAGUAUUCAUUUCAUUCAUCAGAUGUAGAUUCAUGCUCAAGUUUAGCAACUAGGAAAUACCAAUGCCACUUACAAUGGACCAACUACACAAAAUGUGACCUGACUAUGUCUUAUGUACUGUAUUUGAGGCAGAGACCGAUUGCGACAGAUUUACACUGGCACCAGUUGUGACCCAAAUUUACAAUGACACCCGUUAUGACCCAGCUUUACACUGGCGCUGUGGUGAAUCAGCUUUACACUGGGACCAAUUGUUAAUUAAGUUUUGCAUUGACAUCAGUUAUAACAAAUAGCUAUACUUUGAGACCUGUCAUCAUUGUGAAAUAAAUUCCUGUAGGCAUGUGCAGUCUAAGCCUGUCAAAAUAAUAUGCAAAGAAAGUGACAACAUUUUGAAAUGUUUUAACAUUGUUCACAGGCUCUUCAUUUCUGUAUUUAUCAGACUGUAAGGUGAAGGAAAAAAAACUCCUUCACACCAUCAUCCAAAAGUGAAAAUCGGAUACCUUUUCUUAAAUAAAUAGAAAGAAUGAUGUUGAUGAAUUUAUUUUACAUUUCAUUGCAGAUCAUAUGGAGAGGCAUUGUUUUUAGCUAUACAGACCACCAUGAUUGCCUUUCUAGUUCUUUAUUAUUCUGGCCAAACAACAAAGGGCAUAACAUAUGUGUCCACUUAUGUAGCAUGUAUGGCUUUCCUCUUGUCGCCCCAGGCACCUGGCAGUCUUCUGGCAUUACUCCAAGGAGGGAACAUGAUUUUGGUAUCUGUUAGCAAGGUGAACAACUUUUUAAAAUCAAUAAAAACUAUAGAGAUAAAUGCUAUAACUGACAGCUGGUUAAUUCUUCUGCCUGGAAUUUUAGGAAAUCCCAUUUAAGUGUCAGUGUUUAUUUUAAUGUGUAAAACUGACCUAUUUAUUGCAUCAUUAAGACUAUUUCUUAAUAGUGGUAGGGGUAGAGAUUCUCUCCAUUGCUUCAUAUCUUCAUUUGUGCAACUCUGGAUUUAAAUGUGAUUUUUAAUUUUAGAUCAUAAGAGCCAGAAGCAAGAAUUUUAAUGUUUCUUUUGCAAAACUCACACUAUGCUCUGAUUGAUGAAGCUGAUAAUUUAUUCCAGGGUGUAAGGGCAUCGUCUCACAAAGGAACUUUCCUGUUGCCGUCUUGAGUUUAAACUUUAUAUUUUCAGAUUAGGAGGCUCUGCCAUUUAAUUGAAAAUAAUAAAACUAAAAAAAAAGAAGGAAUAUUCUAUUAUCACUUAUGUGAGCUCCAAAUAAUGUUUAUAUAUCACACACGAUAUUCAAAUCAUGCCGUAAUAAGCCUAAUCAUGAUGCUAUUGUUAAGGAUGAUAAUUAUAAUAGCUGAGUACCCUUACUUAGCAACAGUGUUGGAGAGAAUUAAAAGUAUAAUAAAACUGUACAGAAAGUAGUUAAAGUACUUUGAAAUAUAAAGUGUUUUGUUUUUGGAAAUAAAAAAAACAAAACAACUUUGUACCAUAAUAGAUAUAUAUAUAUAUCCAUGGUGUAGGUCAAACAAUAAUCAGAUUAUUGGGUCGAAGCCCUUUGUGUCCACCACCAUACCUGGCAUUAAGAUGUAUGAAACCAGGCAACUGACUUGCUUAGAUUUCACAGAGAUUAUCCAUUCCAUAUACCUUGCCAUCAUCUUCCUGUAAAUUCCCAUAUCCUAUUAGGAGAAAGAAGUUUGAGAACUCCUCUGCUUUUAGAUCCCUUGAGAUGCACCCUCAUGUUAACUCGCAAGGCUAGACUUCGACUUUAGACCAUAGGUGGGAUAACUUUAUUUAGACAUGCUCUGACUUGAUUAGCACCCGUUCUUCAUAGAAAGAUGGGUAGUGUUUGUCUGAAGUCUCUGUCAAGUAGCACAUUAAUCCCACUCAUAAGGCAUUUAAUAUUCAGGAUUUCGUGAGGAGUUCUGUCCAAUGUUCUAUUCCCCCGUUGUGAGCCUUGGUGCAUUCAUCCCAAACAAACAAUUCGCCCUUCCAAAGUAUGUGGGCUAUUUCACACUGUUUCAAAAGGUGUCUCAAGUUAAGUUAAGUUGAGAGGCAAUUUGAAGGCAGGGUGAGCUGUCUUUCCACUAUCCAAUGAAGUUGCCACUUUACAUGAAGGAGCUACAGAAAUCAUAAUUUUAAAAAAAAAUUAUUCCACUAAGAAGCAACAGAUUAUUCACUUGGCACCGUUCAAUGAAAAUGAAUUACCAUCAAAUUAAAUGUAAUGCUUUGAACCAAAAUCACUCAUUGAUAGGAACCCUAUAGCUGGGUGGCCUCCCCUGUGGCCAAGUGACUGAGGCGAAUGGUCCCAUCCCCACUAAUAAAAUAUCACAUUAAUUUCAUUACCGGUACCCAGAACUGUUUCUGGGCCUUUUUGUAAAGUUAAGGUUAAUAUUUAAAACUUUUUGCAGACUUUAUAGUUAACCGAUGCCCAUUGACUGAAAACACUUGUUUGGCCCUUUAAAAAAAGCUGAUCAAUCCCAAGUCUUUUUGGAUGUUUAACAAAUCUUUAGGUUAUUUUAUAUAGUUUUUCAAUGUCUCCUUUCUUUUUUUCCAGCUGAUACAAGCAGUGGCAAACUACAGAAACAGCAGUACAGGCCAGUUGUCGGUCAUCACAGUUUAUAUGCUGUUUUUGGGAUCUGUGGCUAGAAUCUUCACUUCAGUUCAAGAAACUGGAGACUCGAUGGUCAUUGCAACAUUUUGUCUUUCUUCUGUUUUUAACGGUAUUAUUGCAGCUCAGUUCAUUUAUUACUGGCAAUCUCACCCAGCUGUUUCUAAUAAUAACGCAUUAUCUAAAAAAAUCGCAUAGAAAAUACUCAAGGUAUUUAUUUAUUCAGUUCAAUAUUGUUUAGGAUUAUACAAGAUUUUCUCACCAUUCCCCUGCUUCCAUUUGCUGGUUGGAAAUUACAUUCAUUUAUCAUGAUUUAAAAAAAGAAUUUAAAAAUUUCUCUUACUAGCAAUGUGGUUAAUGCCUUGUCAAUGAAAUGUCAUGUAGACAACUUUGAUGUGUAACAUCAACAAUUAUGUGUAUUGAUUAGAGAUCAACUUCUAUAGUUCUAUGUUUUAUGUCAUGGAGAUCAACUUAUUUGCUGCCUAUUAAAAACUUAUAAAGAGUUAAGUUUAAAAUCACCAGUCUUUGUUUUGAUAGUUAUUUAUUGGGGAGGUUGAGUUGC